AGCUGGCGGCAAGCGCGCCGCCGCAGCAGCAGGCUCCUCCUCCCUAGCCGCCGCUGCCGCCGCAGCAGCAGCGGGUGCCGGCAUCACAUCUGCCAGUCUGGCGCGGGAGGGCUUUUACGCAGCGGCCACCCUCGCCAAGGCGCCACUGCACUGCCCCGGACUGCAGCAGCAGCAGCAGCAGGGGAACGGCGAGGGGGCAGCAGGCCCCACCCCGGCGGUUGCUGCCUCCGCCAGUGUCACCAAGCAGCCGCUGUUUAGCGACGACUCGCUGCCCACCUUCUUCCGCCGCCUGGCCUGGUCGCCCGACGGGUCCUUCCUAGCGGCACCUGCGGGGGUGUACAGGGCCGGCCCCGCUGCCCCCCUCACCAGCACCACCCACGUCUUUUCCCGCGGGGAGUGGUCGGGCCCGGUGGUCAGUCUGCCCUGCCUCAGCAAGGGAGCCCUGGUGGUGCGAUUCUGCCCGCGACUCUUCCGCGCACCACCCCCACCUCCGCAGCAGCACCCCCAGCAGCAACCGCAACCGCAGCUGCCGUACCGAGUCGUACUUGCGGUUGCCUCCGUAGACAGUAUGUUGCUGUACGACAUGCAAUCGCUGGAGCCGCUAGCGGUGCUGGGUGGAAUCCACUUUGCCGCGGUGACGGAUCUGGCCUGGUCGGAUGACGGGCGGUUUCUGGUGGUGGCAUCCCGGGACGGCUACUGCACGCUGUGUUGCUUCGAGGAGGGGGAGCUAGGCCAGCCGGUGCCCCUGGAGGAGCUGCCACCCGGGGUGGCGGCGGCGGUGUCGCGAGCGGCGGCGAGGAGGUAUCAGGAACGUACGGCGGCAGCGGCGGCGGCGGCAGCAGCUGGAAAAGCCGCAGCGGCGGCAGCAGCUGCUGCUGCUGCAGCGGCGGUUGGGAGCAGUGUCGUUCGGGAUGAAGAAGCGCUGUCCAUGAUUCAACAGCAGCAGCAGCAACCAGCGGGAGUGGAGGCGGCGGAGGUAACGGCGGCGGGUGCGGCGGCGAGGCCUCAGAAGCGGCGGAUACAGCCCGUUGCUGUCACUGCAGCUGUUGCUGCGCCACUGCAGCAGCCGCUGUCAGUAGUCCUCGCAGGACAGCAGCAGCUGCAGCAGCAGCCUUCUGCUGUUGUCGCUGUUGCUAUCGGAUGCGGCAGCAGCGCCGUUAAGCGACCCGCGGAGGCCCCCGCGGAGGGCGCCGCUGCCAAGCCCAAGACCAAACGCAUCCAGCCCAUUCCUCUCUCUGCAACCGCCCUGUCAGCCACGGUCCUGAAUUCAGCCCCUUCUGCAGCACAAGCAGCAGCAGCUGCUGCGGCCACCGCCUCCGUCGCAGCGGCGACGGCGAUAGCGGCGCCACAGCCUGCCCAGUCUUCACUUCUUCCAACAACAACAACAGCAGUGCCCGCAGGAUCAUCUCCCAGUCGGCGUCGCAUCGUGCCUGUACGUGUGGAUGGUCCGACAGUGGCGGCAACAGCGGCGCCAGUGUUGGCUGUUGCAGCGGCGCCGACAGGUCUAACGCCGCAACAGCAGCAGCCACAACCGGCGGCAGUAGCGGUGGCAGCAGCGCCGCCCUCAUCCUCGCGCACCCCGCUGAUGCCGGGUGCAGGUGGUGCAGCAGGGGGAGGAGCAGGAGGCGCUCCCGGGUCAGCUAUCAAGAUGCCUACACCACAGGUCCUCUCCUUCAGCACGCCGCCCCCUAGCGCCAAUGCGAGGAACGAGCAGCAGCAACCGCAGCAGCAGUCCCUCACGGCUCAGAAGCCCGCCCGCCGCGUGACGCCCAUUCCCGUGGAGCGAGCGGACGCUGCUACUGCUGCCGGUGGCCUCGGUGGUGGUGGUGGUGGUGGUGGUGCGCCCUCCCAUCUCCUCCCCUCCCUGCAGCAGCAGCAACAGACCGCCGCUGGAGACCUCGUCCCCACUCGCGAGCAGCAGCAGCAGACAUCAGCGCCACCCCAGCAGCAGCAGCAGCCGCAUCAGGGCCACCAGCAGCAAGCACAGGCAGCGGAGCCCAGCGGCGCAAUGCAGCAGGGGGCGCCAGCCGCAGCUCCGGCCUCAGCCGCGACUGCUGCCCCUGCCCCUGCAGCCGGUGGAGGUACAGCUGGUGCCGCGGGGGUUGCGAGUGGUGGCGGUGGCGGUGCCCGGAUGUCGCUGGCGCAGAUGGCGGCGAUGCGGGGGGCAGCGGCGGCGCGGAAGGCGGCAGCGGGGGGCAACAACUAAGGAGAUGACGUGUGUAGGGAGUCAAGUUGGUGUGAUAGGGUGUGGUGGUGCGGUGGUUUAGUCGCCAGCUGGGGGUUGUGAGCUAACCGGUAGCAGUGUUAGACAGAGCUCAUCCUCGUGCGUUUUGCUGUUUGCAUGUUGCAUGCAUGUAGGGGUGUAUGCCUGCAGCGUAGGGCUAGAGGAGGAGUGCUACAGCGGGGGCCGACAUGGGUUCCCAAACACCUGCCAAAGCAGUAGAUUCAAGGAUUCCUCGGAGGUCGCGCAUCACUAGCGGUGCAGUAUGCUGCGGCAAAAGGUAGUAACGGGCUUCUAGCCUUAACCGCUCGACGGAAGGAUGCUGUUGCUAGCGUUCCGUUGGUCGUUGUAGACGACAGCGGCGUUCUAGGGAGUCCACCUGCCUGCGCAGAGCCGACAAAAAGGCUGAUGAAUACGCGCAGCACUCGUGGUCAUGCGGUGUAUUGCGGAAGCUUCUUCCGUGUUGUUAACUCCUCUUGCACAGUUUCAUCACAUGUCAGCUUGAUCUACGACAGCAC